UAGGAAACAAAAAGGUCAAGGGGCAAAAUGUAAUAACAUAAAAGCCACACCGUCUCCAGAUUCUGCUUCACUGUACGAGAAGCUGCUCGAUUUUCCGCAAAACAAUGAAAAAUGUCCUCCCCACUUCUCAUUCAUCCACAGCUACAGAAAAAGACUCGUCUUUUUUCUUGGCACUCCCAACUCUAGACUUCUCUAGAAGAGAUCCCAUGGCUAUAUAAAAGAGAUCCUCUACUCUAUUUCUUGCCCAAAAAACGACACAUAAAACUACACAAAUUUUUACAGUUCCCAUGGCUACAGCGGCUCAGCUCAACUGUCCAUUUUCUCAGGCAGGCAACAAAACCCCUUUUCUGGGUAUGAAAGCCGGCAAGACGGCGCCUUUUGUUUCGUUCCGCGCAGGAAAAGGCAACGGGCUCCGGUUUUCGAGGCGCAGCCGGUACAGGCCCCUCAGGGUCGUAAGCGAGAAGGUGGUGGGGAUCGAUCUCGGCACCACCAACUCCGCCGUGGCGGCGAUGGAAGGCGGCCAGCCGACGAUCGUGACCAACGCCGAGGGUCAGCGGACUACGCCGUCGGUGGUGGCGUACACCAAGGCUGGGGACAGGCUGGUGGGGCAGAUCGCGAAGCGGCAGGCGGUGGUGAACCCUGAGAACACGUUUUUCUCGGUGAAGAGGUUUAUUGGGAGGAAGAUGAACGAGGUAGAUGAGGAGUCUAAGCAGGUUUCGUAUAGGGUUGUGAAAGAUGAGAAUGGGAAUGUGAAAUUGGAGUGUCCUGCUACUGGUAAAUUGUUUGCUCCUGAAGAGAUUUCAGCUCAGGUCUUGAGAAAGUUGGUUGACGAUGCCUCGAAGUUUUUAAACGAUAAGGUCACUAAAGCAGUUAUAACUGUACCGGCCUAUUUCAAUGACUCCCAAAGGACCGCAACAAAAGAUGCUGGCCGAAUCGCUGGAUUGGAAGUCCUCCGUAUAAUCAAUGAACCUACAGCUGCUUCUUUGGCUUAUGGUUUUGAAAAGAAAAAUAAUGAAACAAUUCUCGUGUUUGAUCUUGGAGGUGGUACAUUCGAUGUUUCAGUUCUUGAGGUUGGAGAUGGUGUUUUUGAGGUGCUUUCCACUUCAGGGGACACACAUCUCGGAGGUGAUGAUUUUGACAAAAGAAUAGUCGACUGGCUUGCCGAUAAUUUCAGAAAAGACGAAGGCAUCGAUCUCCUGAAAGACAAACAGGCCCUCCAGCGUCUAACUGAAACUGCCGAGAAGGCGAAAAUAGAAUUAUCUUCUUUAACUCAAACCAACAUAAGUUUGCCCUUUAUCACUGCCACUGCAACUGGUCCAAAACACAUAGAUACAACCUUAACAAGGGCUAAAUUCGAAGACUUAUGCUCUGACUUACUAGACAGGCUGAAAACUCCUGUUGAGAAUGCCUUGAGAGAUGCAAACCUCUCGAUAAAGAACAUAGAUGAAGUAAUUCUUGUUGGAGGCUCGACCCGAAUACCUGCCGUUCAGGGUCUUGUUAAGAAGAUGACUGGGAAAGAACCUAAUGUCACUGUUAAUCCAGACGAGGUUGUUGCUCUUGGAGCCGCCGUUCAGGCUGGUGUUUUGGCUGGUGAUGUCAGCGAUAUCGUGCUCCUCGACGUGACCCCACUAUCACUCGGCUUAGAGACGCUCGGUGGCGUAAUGACGAAAAUUAUCCCGAGAAAUACCACUUUACCGACUUCAAAAUCGGAGGUUUUCUCCACAGCUGCCGAUGGCCAAACGAGUGUCGAGAUAAAUGUGCUGCAAGGCGAACGCGAAUUCGUGAGGGAUAACAAAUCCUUAGGAAGCUUUCGGUUAGAUGGGAUCCCUCCAGCUCCACGUGGGGUCCCGCAAAUCGAGGUGAAAUUCGACAUAGAUGCUAAUGGAAUCCUCUCGGUCACGGCCAUUGAUAAAGGAACAGGGAAAAAGCAGGAUAUUACCAUAACCGGAGCUAGCACGUUACCCAAGGAUGAGGUGGAUAGAAUGGUUAAGGAUGCUGAAAGAUUCGCAAAGGAGGAUAAAGAGAAACGAGAAGCAAUCGACACGAAAAACCAGGCCGAAUCUUUAGUGUACCAAACCGAAAAGCAAGUGAAAGAACUUGGAGAGAAAAUACCAGCAGCUGUAAAAGAGAAAGUGGAAAAUAAAUUGAAGGAGCUUAAGGAUUCUCUCUCUAAUGGCUCCACACAAGCCAUUAAGGAUGCUAUGGCUGCAUUGAAUGUUGAAGUCAUGCAGAUCGGGCAGUCAUUGUACGGUCAGCCAGGAACUGCUGCCUCAGGGCCCGAACCAGCUGGUGGGCCCGCUAAGGAAAGUGGCUCGACUGGUAAAUCGUCAGAUGGAGAUGGGGAAGUGAUCGAUGCAGAUUUUACCGAGAGUAGCUGAACACACAGUGUAACUAGGAUGUAAGAACAUAAAUAGGUUUUCACUUUUUAUUACCAAUUUCUCGGUUUGUACUUGUGUUUCAUUGUAGCUUAUGAGAAGCCAAUGAGUUCUGCAUCGCUUCGCCUGUUCUCCAUCAUCUUGAGAGUUUGUACCUUUUUGUUCUUGUGGAAGUUGCAUAUAAUGUACACAAGUGUGAGUUAUGAAGAAUAAAGUUGUAAAUAAUUACUUUUUCCCCCCUUUAAUGCUUGGGCUACUGAUAUUCCUAGAGGUUUGAUCCACAAAGAUGCAGCUCAAAAAAGUGAAUUCUAUAAACUUAUUAUGUGGAAAUAUGUGUAAAUUUCUGAAAAUAAAUAAAUAAAUAAGCAUCUGAGAGGUGUGGAUCAGAAAUAACUGUGGGAACCCUUUCAUGCAGCCAGAGUACAAAUUUCUGGGAAAAAAAAAAAAAGUUUAGAACCCAAAAAACCUCCUAAAAGUCCCCAAGAACUUGCCUUUCUUCUUCACACAUCUUCUGUUAGUAAUAAGCUCACUCCCACAUUCAUCCUCAUCGUGUAAUUCGGCGUUUGAACCACACAGAUGGUGGAUUCUUGAAUGACCUUCGGACACCGAUUCAGACCGCCAAACAGGAAGCGAUUUCUUCUCGACUUGACGAUCAUCCGGGACUGCCUGAUCAGAUUUUGCAGAGGAGAUUCGGCAUUUUUGACCAAGUAUAGUCCCGAAAAUCUCCCCAGGUUUUCCAGAGGAGAUUUGGCGUUUUCGGCCAAGAAUAGUCCCGAAAACCUCCCCAGGACUCUCCUCGACUUCGCUCACGGUCUUCAUCUUCAGUGUGCCAUUUGGUUUGGCGAUUUCUUUAGAUUCAAGUUUCGAACUUGUUGAGAAAUUCGGGGUGGAUGAUCUUGGUUCGUGAUGUGGGAUAGACCAAUCAGUAAAGUCUACUGAUUUUGAUCUUGUCGAGCCAGGCUGCGGCCUUUUCUCGAUUCUCGAGUAUCCAUUGUUCAUUUUGUAUCUAGAGAAUGGUGAAAGGGAAUCAACAAGGGAUGGAAGUUCUUGGAAGAGUAGAGAGGAAUUUGGGUCAAUGAUGAAAGAACUUGUGAUGCCAAGAUUUGGAGGGAAAGACAUUGUACAAUUUGGGCAUUUGUGUGCCUUAUGGCAAUGGUUAUAAAUGUAAUUGA